AUGUCGACGACUAGAAAUAUAUCCUACCUUCAAAGGAACAGCAGCUUCAAGGAACAUCAUAAUAAGUAUCCUCGUGAUAAUGGGUAUUGGGGCUCGAGCAGUAAACCCGACUAUAAUUCACAAACUUACAAUUCACGAACGCAUAGCCUUUCUCAUUGUACAUCACCAAUAUGUACUUCGCCGACAGAUACGAAUUCCACCGAUAUCUCUUUCAACAUCCACGAUGAUGCUAUUAGCGCAUGUAUGGAAGAGAGCCGCAAUGCCUAUAGUAGUCAAUAUGCCGGUGUCUCUCAAAGUGACAUUGCCAUCUCCUCAGACUAUAAUGACUACCUGUGGCAAGAUACCUCAUAUCAGACGUUUACCUGCGAUUCAGAAUUGAUUUAUGAUGCGAACAUUGACCCGAGUCUUUGGCACUGUGGUGCUAUGAGCACUGGACCUACUGUUCCACUCCUCGUCAUCACACAAGCCCAAAGCAUCCUCGACGAGCAAGAUUUUAAUAGGUGCUGGGAUAUCCCAUCAAUGGAAGGAGCAUCUAUGCUCCUAAGUGAAAAUAGCGAAGGAGUUUUCCCAUCUUGCAUGGCUGACGAGCCUGAUAUUGCGAGAACGCCUAGUGUCAAUUCAUUCCGAUCGGCCUUUUCGGAUUACAUAAUGGAAAGGCAACCUGCUACCUAUUUCUUCGAUACGACCGAGUCUAUGAUGAUGAGAUCUCAAUCCAUUGGCGAGGAAUCAUACCGAUCCGAAUCAACUUUAGGAUCACCUCCACCAGGGGUAAUGGAAAAAUCAUCAUCUUGCUCCAAAAGGAAACGAAGGCUCCCAGAUAGUGAUGACCCGAAUCAUAUAAAUCGACGUGGGGAUACCGGGAGAAGGAAGUUGGAUCGAUAUUUUUGUACUCGUUGCAAUGCUUUCCCCAAAGGUUGGAAGCUACCUGAGGACUUACGAAAGCAUAAUCAAGCGUAUCAUACCGAGACGGGAUUUUACUGCGCAUCGGGAGUGGAUGAAAAUUGUACCUACUGGAGUUCCCAAGAGUCCAGAUAUGUCGACCAUUUGAAGGCAGAGCAUGCUCAUUUAUGCAUCUCUCAGGAGAUUAUCCGGAAGUAUAAUGCGGUAAAUGGUAUCACAGUCGAUGGGAACUAUAUGUGCCGGAUACCAGGUUGUAAGAAGGUAUAUAAAAGGGCAGAGAGAGGCAGGAGAGAUAAACAUGAAGAAAGGAAGGCAGCACACAAUAGCAGCUAG